GGAGCAAACCUUCUACACCAGAGUGUGGUGUUCGAGUUGUAUUAGGCGACAACAAACCUUCUAACGGACGUAGAGGCUUCUCCUUAACCAAGGUUUCAGAGACGAGAACAGCUAUGGCUGUCACCAGCUUGGCUCCUCCAUGGAUCAUCUUGAGACAAGCUUUCCGGUCAGCGGCAGCUUCUUCUUAUCUCCGCACAAAUCACAUAAACCUAAUAACAAAUCUCUCCAUUCCCGCUUCGUUGCCUCUCCGACACUCAGCUUUGAGAAGAUGUCACGUUGCAGAAGCAAUAAAGGGAGAUGUAGAUUUUCUCCUCAAAGGAGUUGCAGACCAAGCUGUUGCUAAAGAAGUUAAGCAAAUUCUUGAAAUGGCGAGACGUGCAGCUUCAAGAAGAGAACUUCUGCACACAGAUUUUCUCACACCACCUAUUGUUAAAGAAUCAGUUUCACUAUUGGGGAAAUUUGCUGAUGUUAAGAUAGUUGCUCAAGGAGGUUACCCUGAGGCUGAAAGGUGUAGGAUCUCGAUUGGACAUCCUGAUGUCUUAAUCAAUGAUCCAGAUAUAGUUGCAGCUUUAAGUAUCACAGGAGGUUUCAAUUUUCAACCUUGUUCUCACGGUGACUUCCUUGGCGCGAUUCUUGGCACGGGAAUUUCCAGGGAGAAACUUGGGGACAUCUUAAUUCAGGGAGAAAAGGGAGCUCAGGUCCUGAUAGUUCCUGAACUAGUUGACUUUGUUGUUUCUGCUCUCGACAAGGUUGGAAAUGUUGGUGUAACUUGUACGAAGAUACCUUUGCUUGCUCUUGAAUAUGAACCUCCUAGGACUAAUUCCUUUAAAACCGUGGAAGCCUCGUUGAGAAUUGAUGCAGUAGCUAGUGCUGGUUUCAAGAUUUCGCGGUCAAAGCUAGUUGAUCUGAUUAGUAAUAAGGACGUUCGGGUUAAUUGGGCAACAGUAACUAAGAACGGAACAAUAGUGAAGACCGGUGAUAUUGUCUCCGUAAGCGGAAAAGGGAGACUCAAGAUUGGAGAGAUCAAUGAAACGAAGAAGGGGAAAUUUUCAGUUGAAAUCAUCAGAUAUCUUUAGAAAGAAGCUGCAAGAAGUUUAAAGGAUCUUUCAUUUUCUCUUCUCAUAAUUUACAUUUUUUGUUUCUUUGUUCUCUCAUUUCUUCGUUUGUUUACAUUUUGUAUAAUCAUAGCAAAAUAAGAUGAAUUGCUUAAUUUCGAUUUUCUCA